AUGUUCAUAACAUUCAAGAACUUGAAUUAUUCUAUUUUAAACUUGAGAUCAAAUAAGCUGCAUGGCCCUAUAAAUGAUUCAAGGACUAAGAACUUGUUUGCUAAAAUUCUAGUAAUAGAUCUCUCAUCCAAUGGAUUUAGUGGAGAUUUACCUGUGAGCCUUUUUGAGAAUUUUCAAGCCAUGAAAACGAUUGGUGAGAAUAGUGGAACCCCAGAGUAUGUAGCAGAAACAUAUUCUACUUUGUACACAAAUUCUUUGAUAGUGACAACAAAGGGACUGGAUCUUGAACUUCCUCAAGUUUUGACUAUGGACAUAAUUAUCGAUCUCUCAAGGAAUAGAUUUGAAGGUUCUAUCCCAAGUAUUAUUGCAGAUCUAAUUGGACUUCGUACGUUGAACUUCUCUCAUAAUAACUUGAAAGGUCAUAUACCAGCAUCAAUGAAACAUUUAUCUGUACUUGAAUCAUUGGAUCUCUCAUCCAACAAAAUCGGCGGAGAAAUUCCACAACAACUUGUAUCCCUCACAUCACUUGAAGUCUUAAAUCUCUCUCACAAUCAUCUUGUUGGAUGCAUCCCCAAAGGAAAACAAUUUGAUACGUUUGAGAACAGUUCAUACCAAGGGAAUGAAGGACUACGUGGAUUUCCUCUCUCAAAAGAUUGUGGUGGUGAUGAUGGGGUACCACAAGCGACAAGUCAAGUUGAGCUAGAUCAAGAAGAAGGAGGAGAUUCACCAAUGAUCAAUUGGUAG